AUGUCCUCCGAGUCACACCAUAACCCCCACAACACCCCGGCCCUCCCGAACUUCACCCGCUACAUCACAACCCACGACGCCAACGGCACCGCGAUAGUCCACAGCUCCACGGAAAGUGUCUUCAGAGAAUAUGACAGCGGCAGUUUCCGUUUCAAUGUACCCUUCACAACCUCCGAAUUCCCUGCUGAACUCAGCGGUGAUGCCGAUGUAGCCGCCCACGAGUCCUUGAUAGCGUCUGGCAACCUGGGCCUGGUGAGCCCCAACGGGACCGUCUGCCGGGUUGUGGACUUUGCACCUAUGAAAUCGGGAUCCAAGGGAUUGAUGCAUCGGACACAAAGCUUGGAUUUCGGGAUUGUCCUGGAGGGAUCAAUUGAGAUGUGGCUGGACUCGGGGGAGAUGAAGCUGUUGAAGAAGGGUGAUAUUGCUGUGCAGAGAGGAACAAUGCAUGAAUGGAGGAACCCCAGCGAGACGGAGUGGACUAGGAUGGUCUUUGUGCUACAGGGUACCAAGCCAUUAGUUGUUGGGGAGAAGGUGCUGAAGGAGGAGUUGGGGACUCAGACGGAGAUCAAACCCAGUGCGACUGCAAGCAACCUGUGA